AUGAGUGCUUUUGUGAAAGCAGCGCGUACUGUCAUCAAUGAGGUGGCCCAGGCAAUCAGCCCGCUCUAUCCGCCGCGCAUUUGGGAAGAAUUGGGAGCCGCAUUUUUUGCUACCUUUUGGUGUCUUGAGUCGGGAGACCUGGUUGUCCCUACCGCUGCUUACCAACGCCAGCAAAACAUACUGCAAAGUCAACUCGCUGCAAUCGAACACAAUUCCGACCUGAAUUCAGAGAAGAAGCGUCGUGAGUUUGAACGAUGUCAGACUUUGCUUAAUCGUCUGUCCCGGGAACACGAUGCCCGGAAGGUUCACGUCGAUCGCAUUCGUACCUGGCUGCUGUCGGAAAGGGACAACUGGUUUCAGACCAUGUCGGCCACCAAGACGGACACAAUAACACAGUUCCUGCAAUUCUGCGUCUACCCACGUGCCUUUUUCACGGCCAGCGACGCUGUAUACGCUGCACAGUUUAUUCACGUGCUUCAUCAACUGAAGGCCGCCCAGUUCUCCACUCUUAUUUGUCUCGAUAGAAUUUUUAACGACAUCACGCUUCCAGUGAGUAUGUGCACUGAGAAGGAGGCACAUCGUUAUGGCCGUUUUCUCUGCUCAGUCCUCGACCUUGUUAUGCGUUGGCACUCCUCAGAGGAGAUCUUCAACCAGGAGUGCGGCCAGUACCCCGGCUUCGUAACUGUUUUCCGCAAGGGGACUGAUGCCAACACGAAAGCAGAUCAACUGCAAUUCGAAAACUAUCGGCAUGUUGUGCAUAAGUGGCACUAUCGUGUAACCAAGGCAGCAGUCGCUUGCCUCGAGUCUGGCAACUACGCUCAAAUAAGGAACGCCCUCAUCGUUCUAACUCGCAUUCUACCCCACUACCCCAAAAUCAACCAGUUCGGCAGUGCUGUCGAACGCAGGGUUAACAAACUCAAAGUUGAAGAAAAGGACAAGCGGCCAGACUUGAAGGUAAUGGCCUUUAGCUAUGCGGGCAUGAUGCGUCCGAUGAAGGCAACUUGGGUCUCCGAAGAGGAUUUCCACGAUGUGGAGCAGAAACCAGCUGCAAAACCCCAGCAAAGCCAAGCAACGGUGAACUCGCAGUGUGGCGGCGUCGGCCGCAGCCCUCCUGUCACUACUGAGACCACCACCACCGCAGCCACCAUCACUGUCCCUGCAGGGGUUGGUGGUGCUCGCGGGUCCCCCACCCUUGAGUUAGUGCGUACACUCUCAGGCUCAGUGGAACCAGCUCCCAAGUCCUCUAGCGUUGCACCAAUUAACAGCAAGCCUGUCCGCAAUUCCACUACGUCAUCUCAGAAGCGUAGUGCCGUCAGCAAUGCUCCCUUUGACAUCGGAAAUGCACCUGGUGGGGAACACGCGCCCAGCGAUGAACUGCGAGUCUUAUGCGUGCACUUUUUGCGUAUUAACGGGCCUUGCUAUCCCGCAAUCUUUCGUAAUGAGCUUGACGAAUUUUGCGCCUUCAUUAUGCCUGUCCCCUGCUUUGGUUUCAAAGCUCUCAGACUUCGGGCUCAUCUUCGCCUCCGAAUCUCUGAUGCACAGCAUCAGUUGCUGCAACAGCAACAAAUGAAUGAAGAUUCCUCGACAAAUGUCCCCUCAAAGGAGGGUCGUCGGCUUCAGCGCAAGAGAGCGGCCGCCGCAGCCUCACUCGGCGGCUCUUCGAUUUCCUCAUCGGUAGCCACUGCCGGUGGUGACGGAGAUGGUCGUGCAAAUAGGGAAAGUGUAGCAUACCUAGACCUAGAUGACAUGCAACCCUGUGGUGGGAGCUCAUCGAUCAAAAAGUCUAGAAAAGGCGGAAUUUCUCGCAAUUUGUCAUCGAUGGACAAGAUGAGAGAAGAAGACGGGGAGCGUAGACACCGACGUUCUUCCACGUCGGGUGGCCACCGACACCACCGAUCUUCACGUCGACCUUCGCCUGUAGGCUCCCUCUCCCCCACUCCAACGCCGCCCACGGCCUCUCAGUUGCGACAUUCUCGCAAAUAG